AUGUCAACCAACCCCCGCCCCCCUCCACCCGGAAACCCGACCGCCCAGGUGUCCGAGGCGAUGGCGAAAGACGGCCUAGUCAGCGCGACCCCCUCCACCCCCAUGAGCGACGCGGCGCGCCUGAUGCUCAAGAACGACGUCAACCUGCUGCCAGUCACAGAGGACGGCAGGGUUGUGGGCAUCGUGACGCGCCACGACGUGCUGCGCGGCCUCUACUCGUCGCACUCCCCCUACCUUGAGUAG